AUGGCUGGUCAGGGAAAUCCAGAGCUCUAUCGUGUCCUUGCAACCCUGAAUAGCUAUAUUCCUCGUACAAACACGCCAACAAAUAGCCAUCCUAUAGGUCCAUCAGGGGCCGAUAGCUAUGCUACUCCCGUUGCCACCUUGCCGUUCCAAUCCACAUCUUCAAUCCCAGGGCUAGGAUUUCUGUCUCAACCAGUGAGCGAGAUCAAGCCUAUCACACCACCACCAAUAUCACGAUCUCACACUCAGACUUCUGUUCAGCAAGCCCGGCUCCCAGUGGCUCCUGCUCCAAUCUCGCGUGACAGAUCCACCACUCCAGCAAUCCCAGAUGCUUCGACCAUCACUACCUGGCCAGCGGCAUUGAAACAUGUCACUAAAUAUCUGGUCCCAGACGAAAAAGUGUCUGCGCGAAUCAAGCAUCUCAUUACCGAACAGCAUAAGCAUGAGCGCCAGUGGUGGGCUGGCAGAGAGGCUAUCAUGGCUCGGCAAGAAGGACGAACCGGCACUUCUCAGCAGGUUGCGGCUUUGCUACAGUCAAUUGGUGGUAAAGCAGUACCAGUAGCCCCAAGUGACCCGAAAGCCAAUGCAGCAGAACUGGCAGCAUACGAUAGAAAAGUGUUCGCUGGGCUUGUGGCAUUGGCAUCAGACUAUGACCGACAGCUGAAGAAUUUGGGAAUCCCCUUCUACUCAAUAAAGCACGAGCUGGUGAUACUGGAACAAGGGCCGGAAAAGGCUGGGAACUUGAAAGGAAGAAUCGACAAAGGCGAAUUGAGAGAAUUGCAGAAAAGGAUGCUUCAGACUCUGGAGGAUCUAUUUGGGGAUUGA